GCUUCCUCGCGGCGAAUUUCAACGGUCAUUUUUUUUCAAUGAUUUCGCUGCGCAUUUAUGUUGAGUUUUUUCCAUAAAUUCUCAGUAAAUUGCAUCUGUUUUGCAUGAAGAUUUGUCAGUGAAGUGUUUUUCAACGUGUGUGCUGUGAAAUGUCUUGCCGGAAUACACCGCGUACCCCCAAAAAUCCCCCAAAUGCAUCAACCCCGAAAUCCACAAAGCCACCGAAGAGGUGCGAUGUUUCAAAUGGAAGCAGCACCGGAAAGCCCAAUACGACCUUCACGAACGACGGUAGGAGUCCCAGGAAAAGGGUGCAUCCGGUGACACCAUCAAGGGAUGCCUUUCAAACACCCACAGCCCCGCAGAAGCGUGAGAAUCCGCAGUACUACUUCACACCGGAUUGCUUCAUGGAUGUCUCUCUGAAUGCAACGCCAAAGGUGCUCAAGAAGACCCCCAAUGUCAAGGAAAGAGGGGCUGAGGAGAGUAAUCUCACUGUUGCUGUUCGGGUGCGUCCAAUGAAUCCCCGUGAGUUGAUCAUGCCAGCUGUGCAGAGUAUAAUUGAGGUGAAUGGGAAUGAAGUGACGGUUCUGGCGGGGAAAACAGCCGAUAAUUCAGCAGGAAUAACACGUGGAUUCAACUAUGAUCACACAUUCUGGUCAUGCAAUUCCGAGCAUGAAAACUAUGCCGAUCAGAAGGUGAUUUUUGACAAAAUUGGAGCCCCACUCGUGGAUAGAGCCUUUGAAGGAUACAACGUUUGUCUCUUCGCCUACGGGCAGACUUCUUCCGGGAAGAGUUACAGCAUGAUGGGAAUUGAUACAGACAAUUCCAUUGCAAUUGGAGCUAAUUCGGAACUGGGAAUCAUUCCACGCUUUUGCCAUGAACUCUUCAGACGUAUUGAGGAUAUGAAGGACACAACACUAGCUCAGGUGGAGGUGAGCUACUUUGAGAUCUACAAUGAGAAGAUUCACGACCUCCUGAGCGUCACCACCUGCCACAACACGAAGAAUGUGUUAAAAGUACGUGAGCACCAUAUCUAUGGACCCCAUGUUCCGGAUCUGUCUGCCCAUCCGGUGGACUCGUACACAGCCCUGAAGAAUUGGAUGAUUCUCGGGAAUAGCCAACGUGCCACAGCAACAACAGGGAUGAAUGAUAAGAGCUCCAGAUCGCAUUCAAUCUUCACAAUUGUUCUCAAACUCUGCGAUAGAGGCACCGGCACAGCGGGCCAAACACGACGAAGUAAGAUAAGUCUCGUGGAUUUGGCAGGGAGUGAGAGGAUGAGUCAUACGGCGGAUAAUGGAGAAAGGCUCAAGGAGGGAAUAAGCAUCAACAGAAGCCUCCUGGCCCUUGGGAAGGUUAUCAAAACUCUGGGAAAUGCUGGUGAGAAUCAAAAGCACGUUCCCUAUCGAGAUUCCGUGCUCACGUGGUUGCUCAAGGAAAAUCUUGGAGGAAAUUCGAAGACUGUGAUGUUGGCCACGAUAUCCCCAGCUAAUAUUCACCUUGAGGAGACCUUGGCCACAUUGCGGUAUGCCUGCCAGGCGCGUACUAUUGUGAAUCGCGUGAAGGUGAAUGAGGAUCCGCAGGAUAAGGUUAUUCGUGAGCUGAAGGGAGAGAUUGAGUGCCUGCAGAUGCGUGUGCAGGACUAUGAGCGUCAGCAGAAGAGACAAGCUGUCACGGAGUCUGGAGCCAUUCGGCAUAUUGUCAUUGAUGUGCAGAGCCCCCAAGAUGGGCAGAAGCUCGAGAAACUCCGCACUGAGCUGGCGCAAACGAAGCAGGAAUUGGCGAAAUAUCAAACACCUUGGGGGGAUCGACUGCAGGAGGGGAAAUCGAUGCAAAUGAAGGAAAUGGAAAGUCUCAAGCGGAAGGGAUUUUCCCUGGACACGGGAGUCUCACGCAAAGAGCCGUGUCUUGUGAAUCUUGAUCCGGAUUGUAGUCUUUCGGGGACUUUGGUGUUUCGUCUUCCACCGGGUGUCGUUAAAAUUGGCAGGAGUCAUCCGACGUCAAAUGAUCAACCGGAUAUUGUCCUCGAGGGUCCCCUUGUGGCAUUCAGUCAUUGCUCAAUAGAGAACAAUGCGGGAUGUCUCUCACUCAAGCCCAUCUCCCAGGAGUCAGAUACCUUCAUCAAUGGGCAGUUGAUUGACAAGGAAAUGCAGCUGCAUCAUGGUGAUCGGGUGGUUAUUGGUGGAUCGCACUAUUUUCGCGUUUCAAAUCCCCUCGAGAGUGGGCGCCAGGGGGAGACUGUGUGGGACUUCCAGCAGGCACAUCAGGAGAUUCUGCGUGAGCAGGAACGACGUUUACGUGAGGAAUUGGAUGUGGUGAAGAGGAGUGCUGAGAAGGAGAUGCGAGAUGAGUUGGAUAGGCUGAAGAGUGAUGUGGAACGUCUUGAGCGGCGCAAGGAUUACGUUGAAGCGGAAUUGGAGGUUCUCAGGACAUGUGCAACGGAGGCGGUGGAGGUGGUUGAGGAGCCGCCGAGUCGCUACAAGUCGAAUAUUCUGAAUGAUUUGGAGACAAUUCUCACGCACCCGAGUCGCGAGAGUCUCCAUGAGAUUAAGAUGCAGGUGAAGGAGGCAACACAGCGAUGUCGGGAUUUGGGGCUGGAGGAUUAUGCCUUCCGCCAGGGACAGGUUUGCGAUGAAUCCGGCGUUUCGAGGGCUAUUGUCAAUAUCAUUGAUCGACGGAAGCGCCUUGUGGCUGAUUGGCCACCAGCACGUCUUGAGGUGUGGCUGGAGAUGAUGCGUGAAUCUGAGGUGGAUCCAUCGUGUCCCUUUGGCGUCCUGCCCGUGGAAUGGAAAUCCAUUGAGAAUGCCCUUGAGGGCAGCUUCAAUGAGUCUCUCAUGAAUUCCAACAAGAGAAUCUCGCUGAAUUGGAGUGGAUGCCUCGGGAGUAGGACACCACCUUCGCGCAAAAGUGACGGCGUUAAGCCCGUCCUGAGGAAAUUCAAUCCGUCGGCGCAAAAGAAUCUCUUCCCAGACCUUCAGAGCACCCCAAAAGAGAACACUCCGCUCGCUGAUCGUUCUCAGACACCCGGAGACUUUGCCACAAAUGCCCGGAAGUACGUUAAGGAUAUCAAUUUAGCCAGUAGCUGCCUCAGGAAUCUCUGCCAUGAUGCUCAAAUGUCCCGACGUGGUCGUCAAGUCUUUACGCUUAUGGAUGAAAUGGAUAAAAUAACGUGCCAACUGAUGCAGAUGCUGAAAGAAGAGAAUUCAGCGCACAAAACACCGCCAAAGACCCCCAAAUCUGUGAGAUUCUGCCUCGAUUGAUCACAGUUUCACCAGUUUCAUUGAAUUUUUGUGGAGAUUUGUUCGAAAACUUAAUGAAAUUGCAGUCAAAAUCAACUUAUUGGAAUUGAUCAAAAAUUAAAAAUCAGAAUUAGAAGUUCUCUGAUUGGUUAAGAAACUCAAAAAGAGGAUUCAUUGGUGAAUUCGAUCAAUUCUUAAUUAACUUACUUACCUUGUAGAGCUUUGGGGGAAAGUCUAUUUGAAUUAUUUGAAUAAAUUAUAUAGUGAAAUAUGACGCCAGUUUAUAAUUAAAAAAAAAAAGCCUUUAUAACUAAAAAUUUCUUCCAAAUAAGUUUAUCUAAAGUUGUGAAUUAUUUAAAAGGCUGCGAAAUGGAUUUUUGUAAAAUCAUUUCGAAAUUGAAUCUUUUGAAAUAAUAAAAAAAAAUGUAUUUUGUAUACUGAAGUGCUAAAUAAAAUAUAAUUUUUGAAAAAUAAAAAA